CGUUGGUUAAAACAGUUUACGGACAGUUCGCGAGAAUAUUCGAUUGAAUUAAUAAUGAGAAUGUGUUAAAGUGUUGAAAGGAACGUUUGAAAAUGAAUAUGACCAUUAUGGAUAUACUCAGACCGGAGGAAAUUAAAAUCGAAACUGUGGUUAUUGAGGAUAUAACAGCCGGCGCCCUAGGGGCGAAAGGUGCCAUGAAGGAGAAGAGCAAGAACGCGGCGCGAAGCAGAAGGGAAAAGGAAAAUGCGGAAUUUUGCGAACUGGCGAAACUCCUGCCACUCCCGGCGGCCAUUACCUCUCAAUUGGACAAAGCUUCCAUCAUCAGGCUCACGACAUCCUACCUGAAAAUGAGGCAGGUUUUUCCCGACGGCUUGGGGGACGCCUGGGGAGCCAGCCCGAUCCUCCCGAAUCCCAGGGACACGCCGAUCAAGGAACUGGGAUCCUAUUUGUUGCAAACCUUGGACGGAUUCAUCUUCGUCGUCGCCCACGAUGGGAAAAUCAUGUACAUAUCGGAAACGGCCUCCGUGCAUUUGGGAUUGUCACAGGUAGAACUGACAGGAAACAGCAUAUACGAAUACAUCCAUCCGGCCGAUCACGAGGAAAUGACGGCCGUCCUGACACCGACGAUGUAUCCUCCGGGCGUAGCGCCCUUGCACGAGCACGAAAGCGAAAGGUCCUUUUUCCUGAGGAUGAAAUGCGUCUUGGCCAAACGAAACGCUGGACUCACCAAUAGCGGUUACAAGGUGAUACAUUGCUCAGGAUAUUUGAAAGUGAAGCCUUUAACAGCAGUAGCGGGUCCAUACGAUGCAAAUUACUGCCAAAUCAUGGGACUGGUCGCAGUCGGGCAUUCCCUUCCGCCUAGUUCCAUUACGGAAAUAAAGUUGCAUACGAACAUGUUCAUGUUUCGUGCCAGUUUGGACUUGAAAUUAAUUUUCCUCGACGCCAGGGUGGCCCAAUUAACCGGCUAUGAACCACAGGAUUUAAUUGAAAAAACUCUUUACCAUUACGUACACGGGAGUGAUAUUUUAGCAUUAAGGUUGUCACAUCAUCAACUGUUAUGUAAAGGACAAGUGACCUCGAAAUAUUACAGAUUUCUAUGCAAAGGCGGAGGAUGGGUGUGGAUGCAAAGUUAUGCCACAAUUGUACAUAAUUCUAGAUCAUCAAGACCACACUGUAUAGUAUCAGUAAAUUAUGUUUUAAGCGACUUUGAAGCCAAAGAACUCGUACUGAACGCGGUCCAAGGAGCACCGCGCGAAGACCUCCCAUGCUCCCCCAGGUCUCCGCUAACCGCCGCCCCCAGGAGUCUACCAUCACAACAAAAAUUCACCCCGACGCAUACACCUAGUCAUCUAUCGUCCAACGUCAUCGCCCAAACCGCCCAAAAUUCCCUCACCGAAGACGACUUCAGCGACUCGAUAUCGUACUCGUCGCUGGAGUACUCAUCGGGCUUCGUUCACUACAACAACGAGGAGGCGUACUACCACCACCUGGACAUGUUCUACCCGUACUCGGACCCGGAGGUCAGCCAGCCGCACGUGCUGGGCGCCGCUCAGAAGCGCCCGUUCAGCGCCAGCUCGUCCUCCUGCAGCUCCACCGAGAGCGAGGUGCACCUGCAGGUGCUCAACGGGAACAGUUACUCUGCGGAGAAUCACAACCAUCACUGCGGUUUCGGGGCAAUCGGCAAUUGCUUCGAUAAUAACAAUCAGAAUCAGGGCCAGAAUUGGCACGGGCACGAUUUGAAGCCCGUGCCAGUGGCCCAUUCUGCUGGGUAUACCAGCGUUAUUGUCGAAGCCCAGCAGUAUCAGUUGAACGAGUACCAACGAUGUCAGGUAUAGUCGAAUUUAAUUAGAAUAGUGAAUACGCAAUUGCCGAUUCUUCAGAGAUUCCAGGAGAUUUUUCAUAGUGAUUUAAGUGUCCGCGACGUUGCCGAUUUUAUUUAAAUUUCAAGUGAUUCUUCUCACCGAGUUAUCGCAAAAUGCGAGUUCUAUCAUUCUAUUAAUUUGUCUAAUAUUUUACAUCGAGCAUAUUUUUAUAUUACUACAUACCUUUUUUAUUAAAUGUAUAUUUUUACUUGUACCCGAACUUCGUGCCAUGAAGAUUUUUUGGAACAUAUAGGGUGAUCAAUGUGAGAGAAAGUAACCUACAGUUAACUAACACACAUACAGUGCGUCUAAAGUCAAGCGCUACAUUCGUCCGCCGAUUCAUCGCGCCGAAGCCGCGUCUCUCCACAGUUCGACUGAUUCUCUCUUUCUACUGUUUGCAGCGCUCGAACAUAGACACUCUGUAUAAAGUAGGUAAAAAAAUUAAAUGCCUAUAAUUGUAAAACAAAUCAUUAACUUGAUACCUUUAUGUGGACCAAAAUAUUCUAAAAUCUCAUAAUAAGUAGGUAUUUUAUUUUAUUUGUCGCUCAGUGGACGAUUUUUAAUUGUAUCUACUUUGCUCUUUUAAGAUUACUUUUUUAUAUGUAUGUAUAUUCGAUUAUAUUUAUAUAGAUAUGACAAUAAUUUUUGACUGUGA